GCCAGACUCUCCCUCUUUCCACCUCAUUAGGCAAAUUUUCGUAAAAAAAUUGCAAGCGCAUGCACAACAGAGAAUAAGAAGCAGAGGACAGAAUCAGGAUCAGGAUGGUGCAGCCAUCUCCAAAACUCCAAUCUUUCUGGAACCACCCUGCCGGCCCUAAAACCAGGCACUACAUGCAGUGGGAGAGAAUUGAGGAAGAUGGGUUGUUUAUUAUACGAGUUUUAACAGGAUUAGGAUUCAUUUUUGGCCGUGGGCUUAGGGUUAUUAUUAGGGUUUCGAGUGUUCCCCUUGUUUAGUACCAAGGAGAUUAACAGAACAGAACAGCAAACAAGUUUCCCCUGCUAGUUAAACGCCCCAGUAAUUAGUAUGCGGUGGAGGAAGAAUGAAUAUGAGGAGAUAAUAGUGUACAACCUGAUAAUGUAUGCAGUUCAUUUCUGGGCGCCCACUUUCAAAUGGGCAAUCAGCCUUGCCAACGUUGCUGACUUCGUCAAGCCCCCCGACAUGGUCUCUUACCCGCAGCAGCUUGCUGUUGUGGCCACUGGUGUUAUAUGGUCUCGAUACAGCAUGGCCAUUACCCCGAAAAAUUGGAACUUGUUGAGUGUGAAUGUAUGUCUGGCUGGAACUGGGUUGUAUCAGUUGUCACGCAAGAUCAGGCAUGGUUCUAUGGCAAAGCCAGCAAAAGCAGCCGAGCCCAAAGACUGAUUCUGUGAUUCAUACAUGGAUAUCAGAAGAAUUGCCUCUGAUCUGUUCUGUCGUUGGUCGUGUUUUCUUGGUUUUCCAUUUUGAAGGGAAUAUGUAUAACUAUGAACACAAGUUUUGUACUGCAUUUUGCAAGGACGACUCCAUAAAAACAUCAGCAGCCCUUUACAUUUACUCAUUCAGAAAGCCAAUCUGUAUGAUUGUAUCAGCUGCUUACUGUUAUGGGUUGACCUGUUAUCUUCGUGUGCUGAACUCCGUUACGAUGGAAGAGUUAUCUGUGUCAGGUUUCUCCAUAUAUUACAUUACAUUAGCCGCAAGCAUGAACAGAGAGACUUGCUAGCUAGCUCUCACCCUUACUAGCCCUUAAUCGGCCUCCUCCUAUCUUUAAUGAUGAACAAGUUGUUGGUAAUAGCCCAGAUGGCUGUCGUAUCAGCCAGUUGGGUGCUCUAAAAUGUCUAGCGGUGCUAAUCGGUUCGGUUUCCGUUAAUUAUUAAGUACAAAAUAAAUAUCGAAAACUGAAAUGAUAAAACUUUUUGGUUAACCACUUGUUUUCGGUUAGCGGUUAGAUUUUCAAAUGAAUUCUUAUAUUUGGU